AAGCUCGGUGCGGACCGGGGCCCCCCGCGGGCCCGGCGGCGGCCCCUCCUCCCGCCGCUCCGCGCGUCCCUCCCCGCGGGUUUGUGGCGCUGUGCCGGGGGAGGAUGAACGGAGGAUAAAUGGUGCCCAAGGCGGACAGCGGCACCUUCCUCCUCCUCUUCCUCCUGGUGCUGAGCAUCACCGAGCCGCUGCGGCCAGAGCUCCGCUGCACCCCAGGGCAGUUUGCGUGUCGGAGUGGUACCAUUCAGUGCAUCCCUUCAAACUGGCAGUGUGAUGGAUGGCCCACCUGCGAGGACGAGAGCGAUGAAGUUGACUGUCCAGGUUUGACAGGGGACCAGCGAACUUACCAUGGGAAGGAGAAUGUGGACUCGAGGCACAAUCGAGGGAGAGGAGGAGAGACCACCCGCUUCCACACGGUCAACGUGGCACAGCCUGUCCGCUUUAGCAGUUUCCUAGGAAAGUGCCCAACAGGAUGGCACCACUAUGAGGGCACAGCCAGCUGCUACAGGGUGUAUCUAAAUGGGGAGAACUACUGGGACGCUGUGCAGACAUGUCAGCGGGUGAACGGAUCCCUCGCCACCUUCACUGCAGACCAGGAGCUGAGGUUCAUCCUGGCACAGGAGUGGGACUUGGAAGAAAAAACAUUUGUAAGGAAGGACCAGCAUAGGUUCUGGGUGGGAUAUCAGUACGUGAUCACCAAUCGAAAUCACUCUCUGGAAGGUCACUGGGAAGUAGCUUAUAAAGGCUCUUCAGAAGUGUUUUUACCCCCUGACCCUAUCUUUGGUACGGCUAUGUGUGAAAAGGAAAACGUUCUUUGUGCCCAGCUCCAGUGUUUCCAUUUUCCUACCCUCCGGCACCACGGUUUACACAGCUGGUAUGCUGAAAACUGCUAUGAGAAAUCUUCAUUCCUCUGCAAAAGGAGCCAGACUUGUGUUGAUAUCAAAGACAACAUUGUCGAUGAAGGCUAUUAUUUCACUCCCAAAGGGAAUGAUCCCUGUCUGAGCUGCACCUGUCACAAUGGUGAACCUGAGAUGUGCGUGGCUGCUCUGUGUGAGCGGCCCCAGGGCUGUCAGCAGUAUCGCAAGGACCCCAAGGAGUGCUGCAAAUUUACCUGCCUAGACCCAGAUGGUAACAGCCUGUUUGACUCGAUGGCCGGUGGAAUGCGCCUGAUCGUGAGCUGCAUCUCCUCCUUCCUCAUCCUCUCUCUGCUGCUCUUCAUGGUCCAUCGGCUGCGCCAGAGGCGGAGAGAGCGCAUUGAGUCUUUGAUUGGAGCAAAUUUGCACCAUUUCAACUUGGGCCGCAGGAUGCCUGGUUUUGAUUACGGUCCCGAUGGUUUUGGAACUGGCCUUACUCCACUGCAUCUUUCAGAUGAUGGGGAGGGUGGAGCAUUUCAUUUUCAUGAUCCCCCUCCACCCUAUACUGCUUACAAGUACCCAGAUAUUCAACAUCCUGAUGACCCACCUCCUCCUUAUGAGGCUUCUGUCAAUCCAGACAGCAUCCUUUGUUCCACUCCAGAUGGAGUUCUUUCUCAGGCUGUGCAAAGCAGUCCUCCAUCACUAGGAAACUGUGAUGUAUCCCCACAGCUUACAGAGGGCUCGCUUCCUCCCUCAGUUGGUCCUUCUCCAGUGGAGCUGGAAGACUCUGCUGACAGCAGCACCUUUCUUGUCCCUCCUGACACACCCGUAAAUGAAAACACCCCAGCAGAAACUUUGACAGGCAGCCGCCACAGCCACUGUUCCCUCAACACCAUUGUAUAAAGGAGUGAAAAGCCCAGCACCGCUCGGAGUUCUAGCAACUGUUUGCACAAACACUAAUCCGUGGCUUGAACUUCAGAAGGAAUCUCCACUUUGUUUUUCAAACACUGCUUUUAUGUUCUAGAUUAGGAUUGUGCCUCGCGUUUUUUUGGCUGUCGUUAUUCAUUCACUAAUCAAUUUGUCCUGUAAAUAUGGAUUGUACAACUGCUCCUUUUUUCCAUUGGCAGUGGAAAGGAGAGCAGAAAAUUCCUUUGACUUCUGAGGAGGUGAGAAGUAUGGGUAGUUUGGGUUGUUUUUUUUUCCCUUAACCUGAGAGGAAUCAAAGUCUACAUCAGAAAAAAGCUGCUUGGAUUUGGCUGGAUACCACUGGACCGAGGAAACUGACAAUGGAAAAGAAGGGUGGGGGCAAUCACUGUUCAAGCAGAGAAGAUGGAGCUGCAGGGGAGGGAGUUGGGGGCCUGUUUUAUGGAGUGGGACACUUUCCAUCAAGAGUUAACACUGUGUAAAACACUUGGGGUGUUGAUCUGCCUUGAUCAGAACACCAGAGGAACUGGAGGAGGAAUGGUCCACGCAAUGUGUGACAAGUGGGUACUGAGAAAACCAGGAUUUGCAAUUACAGUUAUUUGUUGUCGGUAGCUGCAAAACCUCGUAUUGUUGGAUAAGCUUCUGGCCCACGGAGAAAACUGGGUCUGUGUGAUGUCCCUUUGGUAGAACCCCUCACGUGUGUUAGGAAGUAUUUUAGGGAAGGGAUGGGGAGCAAUUAACUUUAAUGCAGCCUGAGUUCACUGUAUGAAGCCCCUGUUUGUUCUAAUCCCAUAAGGAAGAUUGAGGUAUUUUCUUUCUAGUUUAACUUCUUUACGGUGAACGGUUGCACAAAACUGGCCUGGAUAAAAGACCACUGUUCUUGCUUUUCUUAUUGCAUGCUAUAUUUAGCAUGUGUGUUCCCUCCUCUUCAUUUCACUUCUUUGCAGUUCUACAAAUGCCACUUAAAAAUGGUUAUCAACAUGUACUUUGGGUGAUGUUUAAUUCUAAUUGGACACCUGUUCCUUAUCUCAGACCCAUAAAUAGCCAACCCUGUUCUAGAGAUUUCCCUUGUGCCCCCCAAACCAUUUAUCCAGGUCCCAGGAGGGGUUGUAAUGAGGUUAGUGUACUUAAAUCAAUAAGGCAGUUUGCUUCAGUCUGGUAUGUCAUCUUAAAUUUCCCCCUCGUAUUGAACUCUUUAAGCUAAGUUAAUUUACAGAUGGCAGAGAUUCAUUCAAUCCCUCACGAAACCCAAAGUCAAGCACUGUUGGUUUUGAUAAUGAAUACGAAAUAAUCUUUACAGGCAAUUUUAAAUUUUAGUUUGGAUUUCAGUGUACAAAUAAUUUACCCUUUUCUCCCAUCCUCCCAUUGCCUGUGCUUCUCCUAGACUUACUGUAGCAGUCAGCAGAUGAGAUGAAUUUUAAGGAAUUUGUAAAGAAUGCCUCUUGUGAGUGGUCUCCUGUUACCUUAUGAAGGGCAGAAGCCUAGAAGGACAGGAAGAAAACACCACAUGGGGGUGUGUACGUGAUCUAUUUUUCUAGUAAUGAUGAGAAAUCAUACUUGUAUGACAAAUCCUAACCCGCUGUUGUGGUUUCCCAGUGCAGCUGACUCUUUCCCCAUGGAAUAUGCUGCUACUUUCUAUUCCCUGUCUUGCCUAUAGGCUCAUACUGUACUUGGGGAUUGGUCUUGACAAUUCAACUCGUUUUGCACGGAAAGCCGUGAGUUUGGUUAUCGGGGUCGUAUCUGGUGUCUCGACAUGCAGACACUUUGCAGACAGCCCUGACUCCAUCGGAGAGCGUGCAUCACAGUUCUGGGGAGCGCUGCUGGCACACGAGUGGGAGAAGCCUCUCCGCCUGGAGCCAUUCCACCGCCCUGUCCUGCUCUCUGCCGUGCCUGGCUCCAGCAGCAGCGGUACAAAACAAGAGGAGCAGUUCUCCACCCUGUGGGAUCCCUGACCGAGUCCUCCUCCGAGUUCCAAGUCCUGGUCUAAUGAAGUGGAUGGAUAGCAGUAGUCAGAACCAUGCGUACAAAUUACUGAGCAUUUCUGAAGUAUGAAAAUAAAGCGGGUUUUGUGCGUUUUUGAGCACAUUCAUA